GAAAAUCGAACACUGCAGGUCAGUCACUAAUAUACCCAAAUCAAACAUUGUUUGAGACAUUACCUACUACGGCACCCACCAUGGUCAGCACCAAGGACUUUGCGGUGGCUACUGCCAGCCAGCUCCUUGAUGGCACGCCAUCCUCGUCUAGACCACAGUACCUUGACAUCAGAACACAGCAAUAUGAGUCGCAGAUCCUGGGUUCCCAUCAGAGCAAGGGAACCCCCCAACUCAAGCGGUCUUCGGCAGUCCGGAAAAGCGUGCGUUUCGUACCGAGCGCGAUUGGGGGCAGUGAGAAGGACAACUCGUCACCGGAAGACCCUGUCGACACUACUGACACCUUCACUCAGUCUCAACAUGCCUCACAGGUUAGCCCUGAACAGCAGCUCUCUCAGGGCAGCGUGACUGAGCCUUCGAGCCCAGAAUUGCUUCAGCCAGUGGUCUAUUCUCCUAUCGCUGCGGGCAAGACGGACGAUAGAGUUGCUGCUGCUCUGGCCUCCGGAAUCAUACGAUCAGACACCGUUCGUCAUAAAGUUGGUGUGCUGGAAUACUCGACUCGAGUCCUUCCACAGGUGCCAGAAACGAAGAGCAUUUUGACCACUGAGCUACAUAUUGAUACUGAUAGCCACAAACGAAAUCUCAGCAACACGUCCAGUGCUUCGUCCUCAGAUCGACCUCGCAGGAAGAGAUCUAGUUCGGGUGCGAAAGAGAUAUAUUUUACGCCGACCGAUGUGCACUCGUCAAGGACCUGUUUGUCAAGCCCAUUGAAUAGCCCAACACUACCAAGAGACUAUGCGGAAGAUGAUGAUGAUGACGACGACGACGACUUGCCUACGCCUCGUGCCACGACUUCAGCGUCUCUGACUCGCCCUCCGAGCGCAAUCUACGUGGGACCUGUCGCGGCGGAGCCUCCCGCUGAAAGUUCUGCUGAUGUACACGCGGAUGAGCGCAGGCAGAUACCAGAUCAAACCAAGCCAACUAUACGCAUCACACCCGAGCAGCUUGAUCAGCUCGUGAUUGCGCUUGCUCGAUCGAAGUUGGUCCGAAGACACCUCCAACAAGACUGGUUCGACCCCGACGAGGUGCCCGAUGAUGAUGGUAGUAAAGCAUCCUCUUCCAGUACCGUCUCUGCUCCCACACUCACGUCUGCAUCGACGCUCUACUCGCAACAGAACGAGCAUGGCCCUCCGGUUAACAAGGAGAGUCGGUCUGGCUCUGCUCCGGAGAACACAAGCCGUGUCAAGCUGGCGACACCAGCUACUCGCCACUCCGAAAGCGUAGUCAUCUGUGACCCCAAGAUUUACGGCACACCUGCGAAAUGCGUAUCCAUUUCCCACAAUACCACAACAGUCGUGGGCACACGAACGUUCCUCAUGGCACCCGGUGGAAGUGAAGUCGAAUGCUCGCUUCGCCUCCAACCCGCUUCCACCACCCAGCACACGAACGUCCGCGUAUUCCUCCAAUGCGUCAACCAAAUCGUCGACCGCAAGUCCGGCAACCGAUCAUCUCUGCUCUCCGCCGAAAUCGACGUCACCGCACACAUUGCCCACGCCGCCAUUGCAGAAUUAGCGGAAGGCACCUGCCUCGCCAUCUCCGAUAUUGCAGUCUGCGAAUCCCCGACCUCACCUUCUCGCGCGAGCAUUCUCCGAUCCACGCCGAACAGUCUGGAUGUUAAUCGUAAUAGUAGUAGCAGCAUCAGCAGCAGCAGCAACAACAUUGACUACUGGAUCGCCAUAGCAGACGACCUCCAACACCGCGACCACAUCCACACCAUGAUCGACACAGCCGUCAACGUCUUCUCUCACCUCGAUGCCACCACCGCAUCCCUAUCCACCUUGACCUUUUUACGCCAUCUCACCCACCUCGCAGACCAGUAUCACGACAUUCUGAUUCUACAACCCACGAGUUGGCACGCGGAUGGUGUGACGCCGCACACGAUCAAAAUCCCCUAUUGUUCUCGUCGCUUGUACGAAGAUUGGUAUACGGAUCCUCGAGGCAGUCAGGCGGGUGAGAAGGUUGGAGAGAGUGCGGCUGCGAGGGGCUUUCAGAGGGGAAUUGUUAGUGCUGUGGCGAAGAGGGCGGGUGAGGUGGAGGGGUUUCGAAUUGAAGGGUUUUGGGAGAAAGGGGGGAGGGUGAGGCAGGCUUUGAGGGUGGUGCCGAUGAGUGGUGGUGGUGGUGGGGAGGACAAGGAGAGGUUAUGGUGUUGUUUUGUUUUGGGCGAGGAGGAUGAUUUUUCUGGGUUUUGAAUCUGUAGUGUUUUUUUAUGUACAUGGAGUUAAUAUAUGUAGUUGUGAU